AUGGCUGCGGAAACCCCCCGUCAGUACGUGCCAUUGACGUGCCACGGACACUCGCGUCCAGUUCCUCAUAUCAGCUUCUCCCACCUCGUCAAAGAGGAGACCUAUUAUCUGCUCUCAGCUUGCAAAGACGGCAAUCCCAUGCUCCGCGAUGGUGUCACCGGCGAUUGGAUUGGCACUUUCCUGGGCCACAAGGGUGCUGUUUGGGGGUGUCGUUUGAGUCCAGAUGCUUCCAAUGCCGCCACCGCGUCGGCUGACUUUACCUGCAAGAUUUGGGACACUCAUACGGGAGAGCUCCGGGUCACCCUUCAACAUGAGCACAUUGUUCGUGCCGUUGCGUAUGCGCCUGACAAUUCGGAUCUGGUGGCCACUGGCGGCAUGGAGAAAAAACUGCGCGUGUUUGACCUCUCUGAGAUCGAGUCCACCCCUGGUGAGCCCAUCACCAUCCCUGCCUCGGCCGGUUUUGAAAUCGCCGAGGGUUCCCACCAAGGCGCCAUCAAGUUCAUCUGCUGGACUAAUGAUCCAAACGUACUCGUGACUGCCUGUGACAAGACUCUUCGCUGGUUGGAUAUUCCCUCCCGCUCUGUCAUUCACCAGGAGGUCUUGGAUGGCGAGAUCCGCUCCUGCGAAAUGGUUUCCCUGGCGCCCGAAUGGUCUUCUGAGCAUGACAUUGGCGGAGGAUUGCCUGUUCUUGCCGUCGCUGCGGGCAAGACUGCCUACUUCUGGGGCGGCAGACGUGCCUUUGAACUUCUGAAGAGCAUUGUCUUUCCUUACACCAUUGCUAGUGUUGGUCUUGACGUCCAAGGACGCAAGGUCGUCGUCGGAGAAGAGCCUGGAACUUGGGCCAGAGUUGUCAGCUAUGAUGAUGACUCUGUGAUUGACGUCCACAAGGGCCACCAUGGCCCCAUCUGGUCAAUUGCCUUUUCACCUGACGGCCAACUCUAUGCCACUGCUUCGGAGGACGGAACUAUCAAGAUGUGGAAGAACUGCGAGGGCUUCUACGGCCUUUGGCGAGAGCCAACUGAAGCUGAACUGGCGAGAGCCCAGGAGGGUGCCUUGAUCGCGGCAGCAGAAGCCGCAAGAUCUGUGGGCCGCCGCAGCUUCACGCCACUGAGCGCGUUGAGCCAUGGUUCAGAGGAUGAGUUCUUUUCGGCUGCAUCACCCAACCCCCCAUCGCCUGAGAAUUCCAACCUUGAAUCUGAGAAUAUCAACCAUGCAUCCUCUGAGAAUUCCACUCUUCAAACAUCUGAGAAUUCCACCCUUCAAUCUGAGAAUUCUACCCUUCAAUCCUCUGAGAUUUCCACUCUUCAAACGUCUGAGACUUCCACCCUUCAAUCGUCUGAGAGGCCCGACUCUCCAUCGCCUGAGAAGCAUAUUCCUCCACCAGUCUUGAUGUUCAACCCCCGGAAGCGACGCCGCAAUUCUGACAGUCUCGUCAAAGACACCCCCGUCGCCAGGGAGAAGUUUUUCGCCCAAGCCACCAUGUUGGGCUCGUCCAGCGCCGCCUACGUCUUUGGCUCUUGCGUUGGUGCAAGACGCCCUUUCGACUUCAUGGUCCCAGACGAAGAGGCCAGAAACAAUAUCAAUGCUGACACUCUUGACAAUGAGCUCAAAGGUGAUGAAGCUAGGCCCGAUGAGGCCAACCCCGAUGAGGACAUUGAUGGUGAGCCCUUUGAGGAUGACUCCACUGACGAGGAGUGA